AUGGACGACGACCUCAGCAUCUUCAUCACGGACAGCGACGACGACAGCUACGACGCCGAGGCGGCUUGCUGGAUGUUGGAUGACUCGUCGUCCAAAUACGCGUGCUCGAAGUCCAAGAGGUGCCGCGUGACUUCAUCGACCAGCUGGAUCCGAUGCCAGAAAUGCAGCUUCGAAGCCGAGCUUGCGCAGAACAACCGCGCCUGCGACAGUGUCGACCAAGACUUACCAGAGGGGCCCCGUCCAGCCCCUGGCCAGCCAUGGGCAUCGAAGGCUCGGAAGCAAUCAGAGUUGAACUUCGGCCAGCCCGACGCCAAAAAAAUCAGAACUGGCAGCUCCGAGAAGCCUGCGCCUCAGACGCCCGAGGAUGCCAAUCCAGCUCCACGUCGCGACCCUCUCUCGGCGCUGACAGAGGCCAAGUCCAAAAUGAGCAUCCGCCCGCGGGUCAUCGACUGGAGCUUGGUCCCCGAGUCUUGGGCGCCUUUGCUGCAGGAUUGGCGGGGCCUGAUGAACCCGCCGAGCAUCUGA